CAGGAAGCGAGGGAGACCCCCGCUCCGCAGCGUCGCCAAAAUGGAUUUUACCAGCCGCUACCCAGAAUCCCUCCCUCCCAUGAAAGUGCCGAAGAAGAGAGGGAGAAAGCCGGGCUUCAAGCUCAAACCCAGGAUGGUGAUGACACCGCUGGCCAUCUCUCCGCCCAGUAGCACCCCGGAACCCGACAUGAGCUCCAUUCCUCAGGAUGCUGCCACCAUUCCCCACUCUGCCACGCCCCAGGUGCUCACAGUCUGUAUCUACAUCAACAAGCAGGCCAACACGGGUCCUAAUCUGGACAGGAAGAAGGUCCAGCAGCUGCCCGACCACUUUGGACCGGACCGGCCUUCGGUGGUGCUGCAGCAGGCCGUGCAGGGCUGCAUCGACAGCGCCUUCCAACAGAAAGCUGUCUUCACCCUUCUCACGCAGGGCUACGGGGGAGAAAAGAUAUCAGCCACGUUUGAUGGGAAGCAGCACCUCCUGAGUCUCCCCGUGGUGAACAGCAUCGGCUACGUACUUCGCUUUCUGAAGAAACUCUGCCGCAGCUUGCACUGUGAAAACCUGUUCAGCGACCAGCCCAUUACGCAGCACAGCGGCGGCUCCUACCAGUCUGACGCCGAAACCUCAAUGGCUGAAGACUACCAUCUGGACCAGUCCGACUCCAAACGCUACUCUGUGGACCCGGGAGACUCCGCCUUUGGUUCCAUAAGCUCCUCCUACUCGCCAAAGUCCUCCUAUGGCUUCCGGCUGUCACAGCAGUUCUCCUCCAACAGCUCGGCCCCCAUGGGUAUGUGCAGGCAGACGUCCAGCAGUCCCAGCACCUUCCUGGAAAACAACAGGACAGGCUACAAUGCAUCUCCAGAGUCCCAGGAGUCCAAGCCUCCCCCCAACAAGGACCCGUCUACCUGGUCUGUGGAGGACGUGGUGUGGUUCAUCAGGGAUGCUGACCCCCAGGCCCUGGGACCCCAUUCAGACAUUUUCAGAAAACAUGAGAUUGACGGAAACGCCCUGUUGCUCCUGAAGAGCGACAUGAUCAUGAAGUACCUUGGACUGAAGCUGGGGCCGGCGCUGAAGCUGUGCUACCACAUCGAUAAGCUAAAGCAGACCAAGUUCUGA